AUGCAAAGAAAGAGGGAAACGAGGUGUCACCUUACGGGCCUCUGUGGGACGCCCCCCCCAGCUUCGGUGGCUUACCCGGACAUUCUGGCAUUCCCACCAGCCGACCUAGUAUGGUCGGCGGCUGGCUGUGGUGCGCGCGGCGGCGCCAGGGCCACGCCAGGAGGAAAGAAACCGCGGCGUCGCGUCGCAUCGGUGGCUCAGCGGCGCGCGGCCAACAUACGGGAGCGACGUCGCAUGUUCAAUCUGAACGAGGCCUUCGAUAAGCUUAGGCGAAAGGUGCCGACGUUCGCUUACGAGAAACGGCUCUCGCGCAUCGAGACCCUGCGCUUGGCGAUCACUUACAUCAGUUUCAUGUGCGAACUGCUUCAUGGAUCUCCUCAGCCGCAUCACCAAUCGCACCCUGGUCUGCACCCACCGAGGCACGUCUUCGAGGCGGAGGUUCCUUGGUGUGCU